AGUGGCUUCGGCUUAGGCAAGUGUGCGACGGGCGCGCAACAGUGUUCAAAAGCUCUGCGCGACGACCACAACCCCGCAGCGUUGUACGCGCCCGGUCGAGUUACCCAUAAUUUUCUCCCGUUGGAAAUUUAGUUUACGGAUUUUUGUCUUUUUCUCUUCCUUCCAAAAACCCUCAAAUCUCCGUCGAUAUAAAAUUGUACGUACAUCGCAUAUUGUGUUUUCUUCCAAACUCGUGUCAUUACUCUCUUGUCUCCGUAAUAUUGUUUCGUGCGCGCUAAAAUAUCCGUCGACCUACUGCAUGCCAUUUAUCGUUCCACCUAGACAGAAUAGAUCACCUGCAAGUGCGUGUGGCACAUAUCACGUGCACGCUAUGAUGGUCUUGUUUUGAAUAGUAAAAAAUUAGAAAUUAAAAAAAAACUCUUAAUUACCUGACAAAAAACAGCGUUUGAUCGGAAAAAUUACAGAAACUGAUUGAUUGCUUCGCAGAAAAUAACCGAAUCCGUGAUGACAGCUGCCCAACAACAAGGCCUGGAUACGACGAUCGCCAUGUCGUCGGAAGACCACGAAGACAACGAGCCAUCUAGUUCGAGAGAUCUGUCAUGCAUUCAAGAUUCAUUACCAGGGAUAGCACACAGAGUUUUUAGAAAAACUGCCCAGAACAAUAAGCUGUGUUUAUAUUUGGGUAACAGAGACGUAGUGGUGUCCAACAAUUCAUCCACAAAAAUACACGGGAUCGUAUUAGUGGAACCAGAUUUAUUGAGGGAUACAAAGAAAAAGGUAUUUGGGCAAAUAACAUUAACUUUUCGUUAUGGAAGAGAAGACGAGGAAGUAAUGGGAUUGAAAUUCUGUAACGAAGCAAUCAUGUGUUUAGCACAAAUUUAUCCACCUCACGAAAAUGCACAACGUGAACAAAAUACACCAUUACAGGAAAUGCUUAUACAAAGACUGGGAAGCAAUGCUCAUGCGUUUUCAAUGGAAAUAACUCAUUUAGCUCCACCUAGCGUCCAAUUAGUUCCUGCCAAAGAAUAUAAUGGUGCUCCAAUAGGAACUAGUUACGACAUACGAGUAUACAUAGCCGAGAGGGCAGACGAAAAGCUACAGCGAAAAAAUAUCGUAAAAAUGGGUAUCAAAGUAGUUCAAAUGGCUUCAGCGCCACCACCACCUACACCUACACCCAGAUCAGAGCAGCCAAAAGGUUGGCGUCAAAGAGGACCACAAGCUACUUCAGAGAAACCGUUUUUACUUAGCGACGGUAAAGUUACUUUAGAGGCGAAUCUAGACAAAGCUAUUUAUACACACGGUGAUCCAAUUCACGUGAAUAUCAGCGUGAAGAACACAAGUAAAAAAGCCGUUAGAAGAAUAAAGGUGUUCAUCGUACAGCAUGUCGACGUGUGCAUGUUCAGUAACGGUAAAUUCAAGAACACAGUGGCGUCGGAUGAAUGUGCAGAUGUACCAAUACCCGGCAAUGGUGGUUCACUCGAAAAAGAAUACCUGCUGCAUCCUAUCAAAGCAAGAACUAAAAAUUGGAUAGCAUUAGAGGACUCGUUGGGGUCUGCCAUAAAUAAGUCGGAAGGCACGUUGUCCAGUACGGUGGUGUGCGUAUCACCAGAGGACAGAAACGUGUUCGCCAUUUACGUCACGUAUUACGUAAAAGUUAAACUUUUAAUAGGCGCCAUGGGCGGUCAGAUGUCACUCAAAUUACCGUUUACGUUGAUGCACACACCGUCAAAUACUUACCCGGCAGAAUGCAAGGAUGCUUCAUGUGCAUCAUUAGGACCCUGUUUAAUGGUAGACAGUAAAGAAGCAGCCAUGACAUCAGAAGAACAGUGCACCAAUAACUUAGCGCUCUGAGGAUUAAUCCAAUCGGCCGAUAAUCGAGAUAUUCGUUCGACACCUACAAUAACCACGGCCGAUCAAAAUGCCGAAGAUCAUCACGAAGACAACCGAUUUAAAUUUAAAAGGAUUUUAUGUUGUUUUAAUAACAACAGAUAGUGUUAGGGGGACCAACUAAAAAAAGUUUUAUUGUUAUUUUUGUCAAACAUUUUUAUACUAAAUAAAAUAGAUUGUAUAUAGUAGAUACCUCUAUUCGAUUACAUUAAAAACCAUGUUUGUAUAAUAGUUAAAAAUUUAAUUUAGAAAAAAUAUAAAACUAACCAAAUUCAAUAUUAGCCGAAAAUAAUUGACAGUUUUUAGGAUAUGUCUUCUUUAUUAUAACAACUAAGAUUGUCAAUUUGAAUAAUACAAUCUCUUAAAACUAAAGAACAUGUUACCUAUAACCAGGCUGAUUUAUUGCAGGGUAGAGUAUUUUUACAAUUUAAGAACUGUACAGUAUUAUUCUAGACAAGCCAUAUUCUAAAAUCCAAUGGAGCUCAAUAAUCUAUUUAAUGCUUCUAUUAAAAUGAUUUUUUCAAUAGUCAUAUUUAAGCAAAUAAAACUAAGCACAGCAUUAAUAACCAAUUAAAAAUGGAAAAAAACUAAAUACACUUUUAUGCUUAAGUAUAAUAAUUUCAGUUUUAUUGUAUUCAUUAGUUGAAUUUCACAUAUAGAUUCAUAUUGUUUUAACAAAUAAAAAAAAAUACUUUAUUUAUGUUCAUAAAAACAAUUCAAUCCAUAAGUAUUUAUGCAUUGAUGAUUAUUGAUUAAUAUUAUAAUAUAUAUAAUAGAAUAUCAUUUUUCUACAGAUAUGAGAUAUUAACACAAUAAUUAUCAGGACUUUACAUCAUUUAAGAAUUCGGAAAACUUAAAUUAGGAAAUUAUUUAGAUAAAUAUUCAUCUUUAAUGACCUCAAUACUAGAAAAAUGGUAUAAAAUACAUUCAAUAUAAGAUCCAUUUUAAAAAAAUUGUAAAAAAAUAUUAACGAUAAAAGUAUCAUUGCAAAAACUGUAUGCUUCAGUGUUGGGUAUUCAAGUGAUGUGUGUGUUAUAAUAAACUUCAGAUAGUAAAAACAAUACUACUAAUAAAAAAAAGAUUAUUUAUAUUUCAUUUAUUUGGUUAAUAUCUUGUCAGUUUUUUUACCACAGAACUAAUUUUAUAAAAACUUAUCAACACAUUAACUUAAAGCAAUUUAAAUUUAUUUAAAGCCAAGUUUGCAACUAGGAGAUAAAAUUAUAUUUUUAUCUGUCAAGUGUCAUUUUAUUUAAAUACUAUUAAAGAACAUCAUAUUAAUAUUAUUUUAAGCUAACUAUUAAUAUACCAGAUUCAAAUAUUACAAUAAAUAAGAACAAUUAAUCAAAACAAGAUAUUAUACUUUAAAAUACUUAUGUGAAUAAAUGCUUGUUAUAUGCAAUGUUAUAGUUAUUUAAGUUUUACUCCAAAAACAAUACUAAAUUUUACCUUUUAAUUUAUUUUAAACAAAAAAUGUCCAUUGACUUCUCAAAAAAACUUUCAAACCCUAUUUUCAUAUAAAUAUUCUACUAGUUUUAUGUUAAUAUUAUGUUAAGAAACUUGUACAAUCAAAUAAAGCAUUGUAACAUUUUAUAAAGUUUAACAUACUUAAGAAUUUCUUUAAAUAUAUGUCAUUUUGGGAAAAAUAAUUUUUUUUUUUGACAAAUUAAUUUAUAAUUUUAUAAUAUACAUUAUACGUGUUGUAAUUGCUAUCAUAAAAUUAGGGAGCCUAGAGUCUCAUAUUAUAUCUGGAAAUGAAUAUUUAACAUUACGACGAAUACAUUACGUAUUUUACUCCGUAAAUAGUUUAUAAUAUAAUGUAAACUAAUAAUAAAUUAAUUGCUUUUUGUCAAAUAACUUAGUAAUUCUAAUUAUAGCUAUAAGUUUUCAAUAAAAAUGAAUUAUAGUUUCAACAGUAAAAUAAUGAAUGACUAAAGAAAAUAAACAUGUAUGAUAGGUAAAAUAAAUUAAAUAAUUCUUAAGGUAUUAAUUAAAAUUUAGAUUAAUAGCCUCAAAAUGAUUUCAACAUUAAUAAUUUGGUAUAUUGUUACCGAACUGUAAAUAAAUAGAAUUGUUGAUGCUUAAUCAUUGUUGUAAUUAGAUAUAUUGUAUUAUAAUUAUUGUAAAACAUAAGAUUCUCAGGUUUAAAAGUUAAUAAAUGUUGUGUGAAAUUUCUAAACAACAAUAUUGUCACAAUAAAAGUAUCUUAGAUUAACUCAUACAUAAGUUUACAAAUACCUAAAUACAUUUCGAAAUAGUUUUAUAUAAUCAACAAGUUUUAUAAAAUGUAUCAAUUUACCUAUUUAAGCCAAUGUACAUAUCAGAUUUUAUAAAUGCUAUGUAAGUAUUAAGUAUAUAUUUUUAAUGGCAUAAUUAAAAGGUCAAGUCUCACAUGUAGCGAUUAAAUAUUUCAAAAAAAUGUUAUUAGUGAUUAGUGGGUACAAAUAAUUGUAAUGAAAAAUUAAGAUUUAUAUCAGUGAUAAAAAAAAAAAAAGUUGAUGAAUUGUUUUGAAUAUAUUUGUAAUCCCAAAAAACACAGAAUAAUAUUAUUCACAACAUUUAAUUAAAUAAUAACAAAACUAAUAAAUCUUAUAAUUUUUGAACUAUUUAAUAUUGUUUAAACGAUAUGUGUAUUAAAGAGACUAAACCUUUUAAAAUGUAUACAUUAAAUUUGUUAAUAAAUAUAAUAUAAUUGUGUCUAAAUAUAAAUGAUUUUUACACGCACUC